CCGCUCGCGAAGUUGGGUAUAGUGUAGUAAUAUUGAUUCUCAUUUGCGCUGUGUAUUUUUUAACUCAAAAAUAGUGAUAUUAACAAACGUUAGAAUUAAUUGACGAUAUUAGUUUUAGUUAAAUAGUGAUACUUAAAUCAGGAAAUACAUGAAUUUACCCGAGUUUUUAUUUCAACGAGCACGUGACCUUCAUAGUGGUUCAUUGGGAGAGGACCAAUACAAAGCGCAGUCUCCGAAUAAACUUAACUGGGAAAGGCUUCACGUGUUAAUCGGUACACUGUACUAGCAACAUACUAGUAUCAGCAACGUUGCUAAAGUGAGAGUAGUAAGGAAAAAAGCACAAAAAAGGAAAGACAAGUAAAAUCGCGAUAAAAUACAGAGGGAGUUACGAGCGGUCGAAUAUAAAGAGAGCUCACGACGGGGACUCGAGCUGGCCCGCGCGGAUGAAAAUAAAGCAGCAACGGAGCACCUCCGCUAUACGUGCCACUGUGAACCGGUUCGAGAGAAGAAGAAGAAGAACAAAAUAACGCGUACGACACUUAACGUUCUUCUUCAAGAAGACGUUGUUAUCCGUUGGCUUGGUUUCAUCAGUUGACGACAAAACCAACGGGUAUUGAGGUCGUUCGGUUUGUGGAUACCGGAAUGUCGUUAACUUGUAGGGUACAAUACUUAAACGAUGUUGAUCCCUUUGCGUACGCGAGCUCAUAUCCAGAACCACCAAGACCGCCAGUGCACACCUUCAGUGCGACCUUGCCACUUAUCAACCAGUUAGCGGCAGUGCAUCGACUUCUACGAGCACCUCAUAGGCUGGAUGACACAGCACUGCAGCUCUACAAAGAUGGUGACUAUGGAGCUUACUUGGAUCUUGAAGCAUCAAUCAGUGAACAGCAAGAAGAAUUCGAGGGUUUCCAGACUAAUCGAAAAAAUUCAAUAGUCUUGAGGACACAACUAUCAGUCCGGGUGCACACAAUAAUAGAGAAAUUGUUAAACAGCGAAGGUCGAGAACUACGACGGGCACUCUUCUCUCUCAAGCAGAUCUUUCAGGAGGAUAAAGAUUUAGUGCAUGAGUUCGUACAGAAUGAUGGACUGGCAUGUCUCAUCAAGGUCGGCAAUGAAGCAGAUCAAAAUUAUCAGAAUUACAUACUUCGAGCCCUAGGCCAAGUUAUGCUCUACGUUGAUGGAAUGAAUGGCGUAAUAGAACAUGGUCAGACAGUACAAUGGUUAUAUACCCUGAUAGCCAGUCGAUUUCGGCUUGUAGUCAAGACUGCAUUGAAGCUGCUUCUUGUCUUUGUUGAGUAUGUUGAAACCAACAGUCUUCUGCUUGUACGGGCUGUUAGAUCAGUCGAUACCUCACGUGGCAUGAUUCCUUGGACAAAUGUCAUGAAACUUCUCAAGGACUACGAUGCUGCCGAUACAGAACUACUCAUUUAUGCGACAACACUCGUAAACAAGUGCCUCAAUGGAAUACCAGAUCAGGAUACUUAUUACGAUCAAGUUGAUUGUCUUGAAGAGCAAGGUAUUGAAGGUAUUAUACAGAGGUACAUGUCUAAACAGGGUACAGAUCUCGAUCUUCUCAGACAGUUUCAAAUUUAUGAGGCUGUUUUGCAUCAUGAAGAUGGAAAUGAUCGGGAUUCACCAAUCAGACAACUUGACGACAACAUCAGGAAAACGUUACGUAGCAGAAAAUCUUUAGUGGAUUCUCAUGAACGCCGCAAAUCUCGUAGACAUUCAACGGGUACUUCACCACUCUCAAUGAGUCUAAAUACUCGGUUAAGUCCUCGGUUAAAUCACUCUCUCGGUCUUAAUUCUCUGAAUGGAACUUUUAACUCCAGUUUACCAGAUGAUGACGAUGAAUCUAGUAGUUCUCAAAGUUCACAAGGUCUUGGAGAUGUUCAACUCAAUGGGAGUUAUAAAGAAAACAAAGAUGAUGUUGGAGUGACUCCAGCAUUGCGACGCCGCAGGGAACGCGCUGAAAGACAGAGAAGCUUCAUUCGAGAACAACAAGAAGCGACAGCCAAUAUAAGAGCCACUAUUGGCAGUAUAGAAGGACAAGAAGCUCCAUAUUCGUCAAACGGAGUACGAUACUCAAAUGGAUCAUCUUAUGAACGUAAUAACGAUUCUCCUUGCAAUAAAAUAUCAAGAGCAAAUAGCCGUAAGGAUCUUACACCUUUGAUGAACGCCGCUAACAAGCUAGAUUCCGAAGAAAAGAAACCUUGGUAUGGGAAAAGUCCUGACGAAGGAAUCGAGUGCAAUGAGGUCAAUCACACGGAUGAGGACGAAGAUCGAAGGGUUCUUGUACAAAUGAAACGCGAAGGAACUGUUAAGGAUUUAACACAGAAACUCACGUCGCAGAAUCUCAUACCUAGUAGUCCUGUUGAGGACAAAGUUUCAAGGAUUGGUGAUAUGAGUGGACUGAUAUCAAAAGCUAAAGAAGGUUUAGCUAAAUCAAAGUCAAAGGCUGAUAUUUUAAAGUCACCAACGAAUGAUAAUUUACCAAAGCUUACAGAGGUGAAGAAGUCUGAAAACGAGCUACAUUGGGAAGAACUAGUAAACAAGAUGAAACGACCUUUGACACUGUGUGACUUGGACUUUACUGAUCUCAACUCAGACGACGAAGUGGAUGUACUAGGACCUGUUAAUGUUUCAAACGGUGUACCACCACCGCCACCACCAAUGGCAUUGUCACCAUCAAACGGAAUUGGUCGAGCACCACCACCACCCCCACCAGGUACUAAGUUUCCUCCGCCUUUACCAAAUGGUCCGUCACCACACUUUGGAAUACAUCUCAAGUCUGCUCGAUCUCCACCAACAUCUGAGAGUACCAAUACUGUCAAAAGUUUAUCGCAAACAAUCCCAAAGAAAAAUAAAAAAACUGUCAAGCUUUUUUGGAAAGAAGUCAGAGAUGAUCCUAUAAUCCUUUCUCGUCUGGAUAAAAAUAUGAUGAUUUGGGAUGAGCUUCUACCUAUUCCGAUUGAUACCCAGAAGCUUGAGCAUCUCUUUGAAAGUCGUGCCAAGGAUCUCAUAACAAAGAAACAACAAGAGAUGAACAAAAAUAAAGAGAUAAUUGUACUUGAUCACAAAAGAUCAAAUGCAAUUAAUAUUGGUAUGACAAAACUUCCACCUCCAAGAUCUAUAAAAACAGCUAUACUUAAGAUGGAUGCAACAAUUAUGAAUCGUGAGGGUAUUGAGAAACUUCUAACGAUGUUACCAACGGAAGAGGAGAGAUCGAGAAUUCAAGAAGCGCAGGCCGCCAAUCCAGAUCUUCCUCUUGGUUCAGCCGAACAGUUUCUUCUUACUUUAGCUUCAAUAUCGGAGUUGCCAGCAAGAUUGAAACUCUGGGCUUUCAAACUUGAUUUUGAGAACUCAGAGAAGGAAAUUGCAGACCCUCUAAUGGAUCUUAAGCAGGGUAUGGAAACCUUAAGAGUGAAUAAAACCUUUCGCGGUAUUCUGAGCACACUUUUAUCAGUUGGAAUAUUCCUCAACGGAAAUGAGGUGAAAGGCUUUCAACUGGAAUAUCUCACUAAAGUACCUGAAGUUAAGGACACUGUGCACAAGCACUCUUUACUCCACCACCUUUGUCACAUGGUGAUGGAGAAGUUUCCUGAUUCAACGGAUCUCUACUCUGAAAUUGGAGCAGUAACUCGUGCUUCAAAAAUUGAUUUCGACGAAUUAGCAUCAAACAUCAGUAAACUUGAGAGCGAAUGCAAAGCUUCUUGGGAUCAUCUGAAGCUUAUAGCAAAACAUGAUGGCUCAACUAUGAUGAAAGUAAAAAUGUCAGACUUUUUAGCUGAUUGUGCUGAGCGAAUUAUUGUUCUCACCAUUGUUCAUCGUAGGAUUAUCAACAGAUUUCAUAAAUUCAUUCUUUGGCUUGGUAUACCGUUACAUCGUGUACAAGAUACAAAACCGAAUGAGUUCUGUAGAAUUAUAUCGGAAUUUUCACUGGAAUACAGAACAACGCGUGAGCGUGUUAUUCAACAACUAGAGAAAAAAGCAAAUCAUCGAGAAAGAAAUAAAACAAGAGGAAAAAUGAUAACAGAGGUCGGUAAAUUCCGGACGAAAGAGGAUCGUGCAGAUGCAGAACUAAGACAACUGUUGGGUAGUGAUAUUUCUGACGUUGAAAGUAUACAUGGUACAUUGCCUUGGAGACGACAACGAAAAGAUGGGCGAUCUAUGUUAGGACCAAUUAUUAGAGAUGAAACAACGAAUGGGAAUGUCACAGAUGGAGAGGAUGAAUUACUUGAAUCUCUUGUAAAAACAGCCACCAAGUGUCCAUCGACACGGACUACUCCAAGAGAACGAAAACGAACAAGAAACGCCGAUCGUAAGUCUUUAAAGAGAUCUCGUACCCGCGAAAAUAAUACAACACCACAAGGGUACCGACCCUGAAGAAACACGCGAUAUAUUCAUACAUACAUCUUUUAAUUUAAAAGUACGUAGAACAUUGAAAAAUGGACUAUCAGAAGAGGAAAAGAAACACAUUGCUGCAUACAUCAAGGGCUACUGACUUAAAUUAUUAAAAGCUGUGAUAUAUUUUGCUAUUGUAUUUUCGAUGACAUUGACUAAGUUUGUCAUCGCUGUAUCAACAAAAGAAAAAGAAGAGAAUAUCUGUCACCAUGAAUUCUAUCAUUUCUGAAGAAUUAUUAUUAUUAUUAUUAUAAAUAUUAAUCUCACCAUUAUUAUUAUUAUUAUUAUUACUAUUAUUAUUUACAAUUUUUUUGAAUGUGUAGAAAAUGUCUGUGAAAAAUAGCGAUAUGAUAAUGUUUGAAUUAAUGUAAAAUUCAAUUUUAGUAAUUGUAAUUAUUGAUUAAAACUCAGUAAUUUUGUUUUCUUUAAUUUCAACUGAUUAUAAUAAUACUAUUCAUUUUUAAAGACAUCAUAUUUUGUGAGGAUAAUUAUUUCAAAAAAUUACUCCAUUUUUUUAAAAUAAAUUAAUAAAAAUAGUGUAUUUUUUGUUUGCUUUAAAUCGAAGUGACUGUGAUGACUGAUAAAAAAAAUGUACAGGAGUAUGAGUGGAAUAUUUUUGAUUGAAGAGUUAAAAUCAUUAUUAAAAAUGGAAGAUAAAUUAACACUUCAUGCAAAUUGACAUUGUAGAGAAAUAAAAAAAAAAAAAUUGUAAAAAUCAAUACAAUAAAUUGAAGUAUGAAAAAGA